UUCUCGCACUCUCUCUCUCUCUCUCUUUCUAGGUUCAAAGGCGGCUCGAAAUCUUUAAUCGUCUCGUUGCGUGUGGUUGGAUCUGAGCUUUAAUUUGGAUCACUCUGGGGUAGAUAAGGUAAACCCUAGAAAUCCUACUUAUUGGUGCGCCGGUGGUAAAGAAAUCGGGGACUCCCCUCAAUCUCUAUCGGGAGAUGAUAGGAGGCAGCGGCGUUUUUGUAUUGAUCUAGGGUUUCGCGGUAAGCGGAUAGCUGUGAAUUGGGGUUUCGUGUGUCGAAUUAGGGUUAGGAUUGAUGGUACUCGUUCGGCGUGAAGGUGGGAUCGAGGCUGGAAUUGGGGAAAAUGCAAGGCUAUGCAUGGGCGUCGAGGUGAGGACGGGAAACGGAGUCGGCACAUGUGGACAGUCCCCACACGUGGUACCCAGAUCGUAGAAGCAGAUGGUUCUUCGUCAUCGUCUUCGUCUGCACCUAAUUCGUUUUGCAAGGGUGGACGUAGGAUUAGUGUUGGUGAUUGUGCUCUUUUCAAACCCCCUCAAGAUUCCCCACCUUUUAUUGGCAUAAUCCGGUGGUUGACUGCUGGUAAGGAGAAUAAGUUAAAGUUAGGCGUGAGUUGGCUUUAUCGGUCUUCUGAAUUAACGCUUGGCAAAGGCAUCCUUUUGGAAGCUGCGCCAAACGAAGUCUUCUAUUCCUUUCAUAAGGAUGAAAUUCCUGCUGCAUCUUUACUCCAUCCAUGUAAAGUUGCAUUUCUUCCAAAGGACGUUGAACUUCCAUCAGGGAUUUCGUCAUUUGUGUGCCGGAGAGUGUAUGACAUAACGAAUAAGUGUUUAUGGUGGUUAACCGAUCAGGACUAUAUUAAUGAACGACAGGAAGAAGUAGAUCAAUUGUUAUAUAAGACAAGAUUAGAAAUGCAUGCUUCAGUGCAAUCCGGUGGCCGAUCACCUAAGCCUUCAAGUGGUCCGACAUCAACAUCUCAGUUAAAAGCUAAUUCAGAUAAUGUACAAACCACUACAUUUCCUUCUCACACAAAAGGCAAGAAAAGAGAACGGAGUGAGCAAGGAUUAGAAUCUGUCAAACGAGAGCGCAUCAUAAAAGCCGAAGAAGGGGAUUCUGCUAACUGCAGAUUGGAGAACCUUUUGAAGUCUGACAUUGCAAAAGUUGCUGAGAAAGGAGGCUUAGUUGAUUCUGAAGCUGUUGAGAAAUUGGUGCAGCUUAUGCUGACUGAUAGAAAUGACAAAAAAAUUGAUUUGGCUGGCAGAUCAGCACUUGCAGGUGUGAUAGCUGCCACGGAAAAGCUUGAGUGCCUUAGUCAGUUUGUGCAUCUUAAGGGUUUACCUGUGCUUGAUGAAUGGCUCCAAGAGGUUCACAAGGGAAAGAUUGGUAGUGGUGGUAGCCCUAAGGAUAGCGAUAAAGCAGUUGAGGAAUUUCUUCUGAUUUUGCUUCGAGCCCUCGAUAAACUACCUGUAAAUCUUCCUGCUUUACAGAUGUGUAAUAUUGGAAAGUCUGUGAAUCAUUUACGCUCGCAUAAGAACUUGGAAAUUCAAAGGAAAGCAAGGAGCUUAGUGGACACGUGGAAAAAACGUGUUGAAGCUGAAAUGAACAUUAAUGAUGCGAAAUCUGGUUCAAACCAAGCUGUUCCAUGGAGUGCAAGGCCUCGUCCAUCUGAAGUUAAUCAUGGAGGGAGGAACCAAGAUGCAUCCUCUGAAGUUGCCAUGAAGAGCUCAGUUUCCCAGCUUUCUACAUCCAAAUCUGCUUCAGUGAAGCUUGUUCAGGAUGAUAGUGCUACAAGAUCUGCAUCUGCGUCUCCUGGUUCUAUGAAACCAGUUUUAUCGCCUGCAUCAGCAAGUAUUAACUCAAAAGACGGGUCUUCCAGAAAUCCUGGUGUUUGUGGCACGACUGAUCUUGCUCAAACUAUUGCCAGGGAUGAAAAGAGUAGCAGUUCAAGUCAGUCCCAUAAUAAUAGUCAAUCUUGUUCUAGUGAACAUGGUAAAAGUGGUGGGUUAGGGAAGGAGGAUGCAAGAAGCUCUACUGCUGGUUCAAUUAGUGUGAGUAAGAUAUCAGGUGGUGGAUCUCGCCAGCGCAAGUCAGUUAAUGGAUUUCCUGGUUCUGUUCUCUCUGGGGCUCAACGAGAUGUUGGGUCAGGAAAAAGUUCUUUGCAUAGAAACACAGUUUUAGAGAGAUCAUCACAAUCUGGAAUGACCUUUGAGAAGGCAUCCGAUGGACCUAUUGGUGAGGGAAACAGUCCUAAACUGAUUGUUAAGAUCACCAAUCGUGGCCGGAGUCCUGCACAGAGUGCCAGUGGAGGGUCUUUUGAAGAUCCUUCAAUGAUGAAUAGCAGGGCCUCUUCUCCUCCACUUUCAGAGAAGCAUGAUCAAUUUGAUCACAGUAAGAGUGAUGCCUGUCAACCUAAUAUUACUGGUGAUGUGAAUGCAGAGUCCUGGCAGAAUAGUGAUAUAAAGGAUAUGGUGACUUGCUCUGAUGAUGGCGAUGGAUCUCCUGCUGCUGUAAAUGGUGAAGAGCGAUGUCGGGCUGCUGAAGACACUAAAGUUUCAAGGGCUGCUCCGUCAUCAUUAGGGAAUGAACAUAAGAAUGGGAAGCUGCAUGAUGCUUCUUUCAGCUCCAUAAAUGCUUUAAUUGAGAGUUGUAUUAAAUGCUCUGAAGCUAGUAUGCCUACGUCGGUCACGGAUAAUGUUGGGAUGAAUUUGCUUGCUAGUGUAGCAGCUGUUGAGAUGUCAAAGUCUGAUUUUGUUCUGCCUUCUGAUACUUCUCAAGGAAAUAUCACUGUAGUUGACCGCUCCUCCAGAGGCAGUGAUGGUAAACUCAAAACACCUUGUCCUGAUGAGGAUGCUAGGGAUAAAAUGCAGCCAAAUGAUGUUAUGGAUGUCACUGAGCAGGGUGUGAUUACUUGUACUUCUGGAGCUAAAAAUAUUGAUGGAAGGUGUGCUUCACAAUCUGAAGAGAAACUGGCUGGAGAUCUAAAUGGCCAUUCAAAAUCGUCUGGUGUGAAUUUGCAACAAACUGCUGUGCCACUGCCAGAUGGUUGUAUAAAAAUGAACGAGGCUGGAGGCCCUUCCUCUCCUGCUAGGAUACCUGAGAAGGGCUUUGAAAUCGAGGGGGCUAAACCAGUGAAGGAGAGAAAGACAGCUGAUGUAGAUGGAGAUAGCAGUCCAGAGUCUAAACCAAAGCCGAGCAGUUCUUUGCCUGAUGGUGGCAUGGUUGGUGAUGGUAUUUCAAAUCAUGAAGUUGAAAUGGACGCUGUUGACGAAGCUUUGCAUCGGUUGCAAGAAGUUGGUGGCUAUACAAAUGAUAGACCGAAUAGUGUUGGUACAGCGGACCAAAGGCUAUCUUCCAAGUUGAACUGUGAUUCUGCCAAAUUAAGGACUGAUGAAUUACUCAAGGCUUCAGGCUCUUCAAGUGAUCUGGUUUCUGUAAAUGCAGGUGAGAUGAAGGGUGAGAAGGAUGACGAAACCAAUACAUCAACUGAUGUUGAAAAACAUCAAAACGACCUGGAUCGCAUGGCUUAUGAGUCCCGAGGUUUAGGUGGCUUGUGUUCAGCUACCAACCAUGAAGGUGAGCAUGUAGAGGAGAAUUUGGAAUCUAAAGAGAACAACGAGAAAAGUGGACAAACACGUCAUGGGCAAUCUGGUAUCUCUCCUGUUCAGGAAACUGAGCAGCCUCUUCCAUCCAAGAGAUCCAAGUUAGCUGGUGUUGAAGCAGAAGAAGCGGAGGAGUCUACAUCCACUGCUGCGGAUGCUGGUUCAAUGUCUGCGGUGGGGGUGUCAGAUAUGGAUGCCAAGUUGGAAUUUGAUUUGAAUGAAGGCUUUAAUGUAGAUGAUGGAAAAUGCAGUGAGCCAACUAGCUUUACACCAUCUGGUUGUUUAACAACUGUUCAGUUAAUUAGUCCGUUACCCUUUCCUGUAUCUAAUGUGGCAAGCAACAUUCCUGCUUCAAUUACAGUUGCAGCUGCAGCAAAAGGAGGCUUUGUACCACCAGAUGAUCUAUUGAGGAGUAAAGGAGAACUUGGUUGGAAAGGAUCGGCAGCCACAAGUGCUUUCCGACCUGCUGAACCUAGAAAAGUUCUAGAAAUGCCACUAGGUGCUGCAACCACUUCACUUCCUGAUGCUGCAACCAGUAAAAUUUCUCGACCCCCAUUAGAUAUUGACUUGAAUGUUCCUGACGAAAGGAUUCUUGAGGAUAUGAAUGCACAGAUGUCUACUCAGGAGUUGGCCUUUAGGUCUGACCUAGCAAGCAAUCGUGAUCUGUUGCAUGAUAUAGGUUCCACACAUGGACAUUGUUCAGGAGGACUAGAUCUUGAUUUAAACCGAGUUGAUGAUGCUCCUGAUGCAAGCAACUUCUCCUUGAACAAUUGUCGUAGAGUAGAUGCUCCUAUUACUGUUAAAUCCUCUACUGUUCCUCUCAAUGACAAGGUGAAUUUUCGUAGGGACUUUGAUUUAAAUGGACCUAUUGCUGAUGAAACCACUACUGAACCAUCAAUAUUUCCUCAGCAUGCUAGAAGCAGUAUGCCAUCCCAGCCAACUGUUUCUGGCCUUUGGAUGAACAAUGCAGAAAUUGGAAAUUUUCCAUCAUGGUUUCCUCCAGGGAAUGCUUAUUCAGCUGUUGCAAUUCCAUCAAUUAUGCCUGAUAGAGCAGAACAGCCUUUUCCAGUUGUUGCGACAAAUGGACCACCCAGGAUUUUGGGACCCACAAGUGGUAGCAAUCCGUAUAACCCUGAUGUCUUCAGAGGGCCAGUAUUAUCAUCUUCUCCUGCAGUACCGUUUCCUUCAGCAACUUUCCAGUAUCCUGUCCUGUCUUUUGGAAACAGCUUUCCUCUACCUUCAGCCACAUUUUCAGGAAAUGCAACAGCGUAUGUUGAUUCAUCAUCUGGUAGCAGGCUUUGCUUCCCUGCAGCAGUCCCUUCACAGUUCUUAGGUCCUCCUGGUGCAGUUUCAACCCAUUAUCCAAGACCCUAUGUUGUCAGUCACUCAGAUGGUGGCAACAAUACUAGUUCUGAUAGUAGUAGGAAGUGGGGAAGACAAGGUUUAGAUCUAAACGCUGGCCCUGUAGUUCCAGACAUUGAGGGGAGAGAGGAAUCAUCAUCCUUGGUACCGAGGCAACUAUCUGUUGCCAGUUCUCAAGCCACUGCCGAGGAUCAUAUGAGGGUUUAUCAGCCAGCAAUUGGCAUAAUGAAGAGGAAGGAGCCAGAGGGAGGGUGGGAUGGGUACAAACAGUCAUCAUGGUAGUAGGAAGAUCCUGUUGAAUCCUGAAAGCUGUGCUGUGAGGAUUGGCAUUGAGCUGACUUCCACUGGUUGUCAUCUAACUUGGUGUGCUUUUCGGAGGAGGUGGUGAGUAGUAUCUCAUGUUCUUCAUGGUCUCCAACCCCACACCUUUUCUCUGUAUCAGUUGUAACUUAAAAAGAAUGUCUGGGGCCUUCAAGCUUCUUGUCACUUGAAUUUGUUCUGGGUGGCUGCAGAUAAUUUCUUCUUUGUAGAUAUUUAACUGUUGGAAAAGCAUGCACUAUCUGUUGCCCAGACACUUGAUAGUUGGUGCCGAUACAGGUGUUCAGUGCAUCAAUUUAAUAUACUGUUGAACUCAAAAACCUUUCCAUCCUUUUUGCAGCUAUUUCACCAAUAUGAACCGGUGAAUUGCUUUGAGCAUAUUUAUAAUUUCAUUUUUUCCCCCUUCAGGAUGAAAGCAAAGAGUGCAUCUGGCACAUGCGUUUUUAUUCACUUAAUUUGCCCCCCUCCCCCCUCUCUCGUUUUUAAAUUUUGCCUUGCAAAUGCAAAUAAUCAAAUGUUCACCAUUUUCUUUA